AUGUUGACUAAGUUCGCAGUGUUGCUUUUUUGGGUGCCUGCUGCAGCUCAGAAGCUGACAGCCUUUGACGCAGCUUCUGCUUCCAGCAUCUAUUCCACAAAAUCCUUUGGGGCAGACCUGGCAACGCUUGAAUCAUCUGGGCGAUCAUUCACGGCCAGACGGCACUUGCUCGGGGUGAAUCUUCGUUGGAGCUACGCUCCAGCAGAGGUGAAGGUACUGACGAGUUUGGACGGGGGCAAUUUUGAAGAAGCUGCGGGAUGGCGCCAGAUCGCCCGCAGUGAGCCAAGUUUCGAAGAGACAAUCAUGUUUGCUGCUCCCGUUGCAGCGAAAGCAGUCAAGGUUCUGAUGCGGGGAGCCAAACCAUGGGGUUACUUUGGCUUGUCAGCUGCUGCCGGUGUGAGCGCGCCUUACUCCUUCAUGCUGGUCAGUGGCGGCCCGGCAGUUCGCGAGCAGUGUGUGGUGUCUUCUGGCCACGGCCUGACCGCAGAGCCGUGCUUGGAUGCAAUUGUGGCAGGAGAUGGCCGUGAUGUGUUCACAUUUACCAGCGAAGGAUCGUUGCAGACUGCGUCCGGGUAUUGCGUGCGCCUGGCUGGCGACAAGCUUGAAUUGGAAAAGUGUGACAGCAGCACAGGGGUGUGGGAAGCGAGCGCAGAUGGGCAAGUCAAACAGGGGAACAUGUGCUUGGCUGUGGAUGGCUCUGCUGUGCAUGCCUUGGACUGCGACGAAGCAGCUGUGGUUGCUGUGCGUAGCUUGGGUGAGCUCUUGCGCGGCAGCCUCGCCAGGCAAGGCAAGCUGCUGAAGGAGUUGCAGGCUCUGCUGCCCAAGCUUGCCACCUGCAAAGCGAAAAUCAGCUUGGCGAGCCUGCCGAAAGUUUGGCAGGCAAAGUGGGAGCACUUUGGGGUGAGCCAGCAUGAGCUCAGCUCAACGGCGGCCGCUUCCGCAGAAGCUUUGGCCGCCUUUCGCAAAGCUGGUCCUGCCCCUGCACAGCGCAGUUUGAGAUUCAGAAGCGUAUGGAGCCACCUCUGCCCAGGUAUCAAAUCGGCUUUGCUAGGCAUCGUUCUUGCUUGUCAGAAUGAGAAAAAGCUAGCGGCCGCGGAUGUCGAACACCUUUCCAUGUUGCAGCAGAAGAUGCUGCGAGCAGAAGAGCCGCAGAUUGAUGAGAUGGUGUCGCAAGCUUUUCUGGGGAAAAAGGCGGAGAUGAUCGCUUGCAAAGAAGCGCGAUUUGACGGGAAACGCCGUCUUGGGGCUGUCCUUGGAAUGGAAGAUGCGGAUCUGUGUGGACAGCCUGACAGCCUUGUGCGAUUUGAGGAAUGGGACGGGGAGAUCAGGGGUUCUGCGUUGAAAGUCCAGCAGCUGCUAGAACACGAGGCAGACAAGGUGGCAAUGUUUCUUUGUGCUUCUCUGGGCACGGGACGGUUGUGCCAGGCCCAGGGUGCCCUGUGGCCUGGUAGCUUGAAGAUGGAUGGCAAUGAGGUGCCGCUGGACAAGCACGUCACAAGGCUGUCAAUUGCCCCACGGGUCACCAUGCUACUGCUGCCGCUGCCAGCGAACCAAAAGGUUGUUGAGGUGCCCGACAAGCCGAGGCCAGCUCCAAAGGCAGCUCCUGUGAGACCAGCACCAAAGGGCUCGACCAAGCACAAAACGCGUGCAGAGAGGUCCACGUCACAGCCUGAUCAACUUGACGGACUCAGUGGACUUGACAAGAUCAAAGUGGUAAAGGCAAACAUGCUUUAUGAAUCAGUGUACGUUGAAGCAGCAUACCCUGUGCUGCUUUGUGAGAGAAUCGUGCAUCGCCUACGUGACAAGGCGCUACAGUGUGGAGCAACAGCACCUGAGACGCUCUUCGAGCAAGCAGAAGGGCCUGAAAAAGAACUGAGGCGCAAGAUGCCCCAGCAUGUCUUGAAGUUGGUUGGGAACAAGCGCUUGAUCCUUUGGAAAGAGAUUCUCAGUUUGGCAAAAGCUUUGAACGCCUCCACAUUCAGAAACAUGGAUGUCAGACAGGACCCCGAGUUGGAGGCCGCAACUUGGGAAGAGACUGAAGAGGAAGCCAAAAAGGGAUGGAUCUGGUUUGAUGACAGUGCAUAUGACAGCAACCAAAAAUUCAUUGGGAGGUCGCCAGUAGAUGGCGCCAUCAGACUGAUAGGCUUCGACGCCUUGCCUUUUGGAGCUGUUGGGAGCGUGGCAGGAUUCUUGAGAGUGAGCCUAGCAGUUUGGUUCAUAGGUGUGGUUGCACUUCAACUUUGCUGGACUGUCUUCUAUGAUGUUGCGGACACGUCCAGCGGAUAUUCCCUUCACCUUCCUGAGUUGCAUGAAUUGACAAUCAGUCAUCGGUGGCUUGGAGCUGUAAUGGAUGAGUUGCCAGGUCUCAGAUACAUUGGCAUGGACCCAUUGAACGGUGUCAUUGGAUUGUCGUUGAUGCCAACGCCUGGUAAUGAUGGCCAGGCACUGCAACGCUCACUGGAGAGCGAUGAAGCGAGCAGGCCACUGGUGGCCCUAGAGGGAUUCGAGUUUGUGCAGAACAAACGCACAAAGACGUUGCACUUGGUUGACCAUAGGUAUGCCAAGGUGAAGACAACAAUCCAAGGAUUUUUGAUUCAAGGCGAAACAGAACCUUCGCAUGCGCUGGUUGACAAGUGCCAGGUGAUGUUUGAUACAAAUUCAGUUGUUUGGCUGGCCCCUUCAGUUUGCACGAAGCGCGAACUUGAGAUUCAGGCCGCACCGAAAGACAAUCAGCAGGUCCUGAAGAUUGAAUCGCAGACACUUAAGGUCAGCACUGAAGGCGUGGAACUUGAAGACGCUGAUCACAGUUCUGAAAUCAAAUUACAAUGGUGUUGGCAACGCAGAGGGGUAGCAUUAGAAAUGUGUGAAAUUCUGUCCUGGCAGACGUCUCAAAAGUGGCUUUCAACGAUGUUUGCAGUUUAUGCUUCAGAACCUCCUGCCAAUUUCAGCAGGGUAACGUUGACUCAGUUGAUUUCAGCUGACAAAGCUUUGUGGACAAUUUUGGCUAGAGAGACAGAAUCAGUGAAGCCGGAUGCAACAGGGAGCAGACCUCUGGAUGCAGCAGUUGAGAAGCUCAUGUGUGAUCCCCGGGUCACUAUGCACAUGCUGUCAAUGCCUCAUAAGGCACCAGCAGCUCUCGCUUCGACAGCUCCGGACAAACCUUCAUCUGGGGCCCAAACCAGCCAUGCAGCUCAGACGGGGGUUAGACUAAAAAAGAAGGCGCGUCCAGGAAAGCGCAACAGGGCGACGGCAACACCGCCUGAAGAACUCAAGUCAUGCUACCAGACAACAUCGGACGGGAAGCCCAUUUGCUGUGCCUACAACUUGGGCAAUGGGAUAGCCAUACAAGAUCCACAAGCAGAGACUCCCAGACUCUUUGGGCCGAACACUCUGCCCCUUGUUGUGGCGACCAACAGUGUGGCAAGCUUUCUUCGUGUCAGCGCGGCCUCGUUCUUCAUUUUCACCACGGAUAUCAAGAUUUGGUGCAGAGUUGACAGUACAGGUGAGAAGUGCCUGCAUUCUUGGAGGUAUGUGGUGGCUUACAUUGACAACGAAGCCAGCCGCCAAGCUUUGAUAAAGGUUAACCUAGAGAGCUGCAAAGACCGAACUGUGUCCAUUGGGCACACUGAAGAGCGCCGUGCGGAGCUUGUGGCCAAAGUCAAGGACAUAUUGGCCGAGGGUUGGUUGGGCGCAAAAGAAGCUGAAAGACUUCGAGGUCGCGUGUCCUUCUUUGAGAGUUAUGCUUUUGGUAGGUUGGCAAAUGCAGCAAUCAAGAACAUCGGAAGAUUUUGUGUGGAGACCUCGGGCAAGAAACGCUUGGACGCAUCCAUUCAAGGAAGCCUUCUUCUUCUCGGAGAUCGUGUUUUGGAAUUAAGGGGUCGCGAUGGGUUAAGUGUUGAGUUCCGUUUCUUUGCUCCCGUUGCAGCAAAAGCAGUCAAGAUUCUGAUGCGGGGAGCCAAACCAUGGGGUUACUUUGGCUUGUCAGCUGCUGCCGGCGUGAGCGCGCCUUAUUCCUUCAUGCUGGUCAGUGGCGGCCCCGGCAGUUCGCGAGCGGUGCGUGGUGUCUUCUGGCCACGGCCUUAA